AUGGGCGAGGAGCGCCCGUCGGAGGUGGAGCCCGGGCUGUGGGUGUGCUCCGAGGCGGCCGUCGCCUCGGCGCUCGCGGACCCGAGCCUGGGCAUCACGCACCUCAUCUCCAUCGGCUACCCGCCUCCCGGGCAUCCCGCGGGCGACGACGACGACGACGACGACGCCGGACCGGCCGGCGGUUCGAACGGCGUGAAGACGCUGAGCGUGGAGCUCGAGGACGACGAGGACGGGGACCUUCUCACGCAGAUCCCCGCCUGCGUCGCGUUCAUCCGGGACGCCCUGCGGCUCCGCGACGCCAACCGCGCCGCGGCGGCGGCGGCGGUGAACGACGACGAUGCGGAAGCAGCUGCGGCGUCCUCGUCCGCCGCGUCCACGAGGCGGGGCGGCGGGGCGCUCGUGCACUGUCACGCGGGCGUCUCGCGCUCGUGCGCGGUCAUCGCCGCGCACGUCAUGAAGACCCGCGGCGUCGACGCGGACGACGCCCUCGAAGUCGUCCGCCGCGCGCAUCCCCGCGCCGAUCCCAACGCGGGCUUCGUGGCUCAACUCCGCCUGUGGCGCUCCAUGGACUGCAAGCUGAACAUGGCCGACGAGGCCUACAGGCUCUACAGCGUCGCGCGACUCGCGAGGCGCAGGGAGUACCGCGGGUACGUCGACGCCACGGACGUCCAACCGGAUCCGGGCGCCGACGUCGACACAGCUGGCGACGAGCGCACAGCUGGCGGCGAAACGCGAGUCGAUCGGUUCGUCCCGUUUGUCGGCUCCGCGAGCGUCGCCAUCGUCGGUCCGAGGCACGGCGGCGGCAGGGAGGCUGGGAGCAUGAUCCGAUGCAGGCGGUGCGGGCGGCUGGUGGCGCGCGGGGGUAACCUCCUGCCGCACCGACCCGGGCAGGGCAUCGACGCGUUCAGCUGGAGGAAGCGGCAUAAGAUGGAGGCGGCGGGCGCGGGGUCAGGGUCGGGAUCGGCGGGGGGGUGUCAGAACCUCUUCACGCAGCCCAUCGCGUGGAUGCAGGGCGUUGAGGACGGGGUUUCCACGGAGGGUAAGCUGAGCUGCCCGCGGUGCGAGGUGAAGAUCGGGGCGUUCAACUGGAGCGGCUGCCAGUGCGGGUGCGGCGCGUGGGUGACUCCGGCGUUUUAUCUGCAGACGGGUAAGGUGGACGUGAUGGCUCCGCCGGGCGAGCCCGAGGUCGGCGGAUCGAUCCCGGUCGGUGGCGUGCGGAUGCCGCGGCUCGCGGCGUCGAGACCCGCGGUGCGAAGGCCCUCGCUCGCCGGGAGGGACGACGCCUGA